CAACUGUCAGGCUUCCAGCGCGCGCACCCACUGGUGACCAGACAGAGCGCGCGAGGCUGGAGGUCGGGACGUCCGAGCGCUGUUUAUGUGUGUGUGUGUGUGUGUGCCAAGCUCGGGAUAACGGCGGCGUACAAGACAGACAGACGUUAGAUCACCGGAGACGCUGUGUUGCCGCGGUGGAAGCAGAGGAUGAAGGGGGGAGAGCCGCAGAGGAGAAGACACAGAGAAGAAGUUUAAAGUUUAACGGGACCGGCGGCCGGUAGUCCAGUUAAAGCCAUCCAUCCGUGCAGACUGUCCCCCAUGGAAAAGUUUAACGGGCUGAGCGCAUCAUCUCAGCCUGGAUGCUGACGGGACUGAGCCGGCCUGCUGUCAACUUGUUAUUCUGACAUGAAUAUCAUACAGUCCCGUUAAACCGGUUUCAAUCUCAUUUUUCAUCGUUCCCGUUUUUUUUAUCCGAGUUCUUGAUAUAUGGAAAAAGGAGAGUAAAGUGAUGAACCGGGACAGAGCGGUACCGGGGCCCGGAGCGGACGGGGUCCAGACCGUGAUAAACCGGGACAGAGUCGUAGCAGGGCCCGUGGCGGACACAGUCCAACCAGUGAUGAGUCGGGACAGAGCCGUACCGGCUCCGGCCGGGGACGGGAUCCAAACCGUGGUGGGCCCGGACAGCGGAGACAUGCUCGACGGAAGUGCCGCCGGUGAGAAGCGGCUCUUCUCCAACGCGGUGGCCGGAGGUAGAGACUCUCAGGUCGUGGAGAACCACUCGGAACCACCGCCGACGAACCCGGUGUUAGCCCCGCCACAGCAGGGCCCUACCGGGCACCGGACGACCUCUUUCUCCGUACUGGACAUCCUGGACCCCAACAAGUUCACGAGCAGCCGGAGACAGCAGCAGCAGCACGCGAGCCACCGAGGUGAGCGCGAGCUGAGCGCGUACGGAGCGGAGAACCGGAGAGCGAGCACCGGGGGGCGCGAGCCCGGCCUGGAGGCCAGUAAAGGCUGCUACGGUGCCGAGGACUACCAGAGCAAGGAAGGCUUUGUAUACAGAAGCCCAGAUGAGGAUGACUACCACAGAUCUGGGACCCCAGACUCAGAGGCUCCAGACGGGCCCUACAGCAGUGAGGAGAGCAGCUCAGCUCUGCCCAGUAACGGAGACAGAGAUCUGGGCCAGCACAGCCACCAGGACCCCGCCAGAGACACGGCAAGCCCCGGAGGAGGCCAGAUCACCAACUCCCAGACCAACGGGAGCCAGGGCUCGCAGGGCAAGCCUAAGAGGAAGCGUUCUGGCUCGGACUCCAAGUCUGGGAAGCCCCGCAGAGCCCGGACUGCCUUCACCUAUGAGCAGCUGGUGGCGCUGGAGAACAAGUUCAAGUCCACGCGGUACCUGUCAGUGUGUGAGCGGCUCAACCUGGCCCUGUCGCUCUCCCUCACUGAGACCCAGGUCAAGAUCUGGUUCCAGAACCGCCGGACCAAGUGGAAGAAACAGAAUCCCGGAGCUGACACCUCUGCUCCCACCGGCGCAGGAGGAGGAGGAGGUACGGGUGGAGCAGGAGGCCUGGGGAGCCUCAGCCCUCUCAGCCCUUCCCCUCCAAUCAGCGGGCACCUGGCCAUGCACGCUGGCUACGCCAGCCACCAUCACCCCCCCACCGGCAGCCUGGUCCAGCUGCCUUUCCUCACCGCCAGCCACGUCCUGUCCCCCUUCAUGCUGGGGACACAGAGCUACGCUGCACCCGCCUUCUACAGCACACACCUGUAGACACACACACACACAUACACACGUUUGAGUGUAUGAAUGAACAGCAGCACAGCAGACAGACUGUGAGCCCAGUGCUCAGCUCUGCUCUCCUUUUUACUACAACAACAUUUGAAGGCUUUAAUUUCAACGGAUUAUUUUGAUAGAAUGUGAAUAUUUACCAGAAACUGUACAUAAAUCUAUGUUCUAGCUCCCGAAUGCUGUUUUAAAAGACGUAAUAGACAGAUAGUUGAUUUCUUUGUUUUUUUUUUAAAAAGUCUGUAUGAAUAUUGAAUGUUUAUUUAUGACUUAAGGAAUGGCUUGAUCUAUUGUCAGUACCGUGUAACUCCAGCUGUGAUUGUUUUCACUUCUGUUAUUUAUUGACUUUCUUGACAGUUUCCAUAAAACCCCUUGAAUGUACUGAACCCUCAGCUCAACAUGAUAUCGUCCUUUGAUAUUAAAAUGAUGACAAUUAAACACUGAAGACUAGCCCUGUGAACUCAUUCUGACAGGACGCAUGGCGGCCUCUCUGUGUGACAGACUGAGUGCACCCUGCCUCUCUCUGACAUCAACAUGCUGAUGUGCUCACAGGAAGCCUUUUCCACAGCAGAUCAACCUACAGGUGUUUUCAGUGACACUGAUGGUUCCAUUC